UCCUCCCUCCCUCCCUCCCUGCCUCUUUCUCUUUUCACUCUCCCUGUGACACCGGUGACAGGGCAGAGGAGAGAGGUAGACUUUCAGUUCUAGCCCACAGAUGCACAGUGAAACCGUAGACGUCCCCUUAUGCAUUUUUAACAGCUCAGCAGAUGAUGGGAACAGUUUGGUUGGGACAGUUUGUCCGCAGAUAGAGUGACCAAGUGAUCAGCCUGUGGAUGCAAUUUCCCUGCAGAGAAAGGCAAGCGCUCAGUCGAACUUCCCUCUCUGCAAAAGAGGAUUAUAAAUCUAUUAUAUGUGCAAACACCACGUUGGGUUCGACUUUGACCGAGCACGAGACCCUGCGACUUUUGCUCAGUGCCAGGUGCGAGCCUCCUGUCCCGCCUUCGUUCGGGAAGGCGUCUUUGUUUUUAAUCGUCUCCCGGUCGGCUUCGGUGGCCGCUUCAGAGGGUUGGCAGGAGAGCGGGAUGCCCGGGGCGAGCGGCGUCAACGUGGAGGGCUCCUGUGAGGCCCUGUGCCGAACCCUCGUGUCUCAGAACGGCCUCCAGAGAGAGACGGCUGACAUCUCCCAGUCUGUCCUCUACACGUCUCUGAUGGGCCUACUUCUGGUCGCCGACAAUGAGAAGGAGGAGGUCACCGUAGGAAGUGGAAGAGUUGGCCUUAGAAACGUAGGGAACACUUGCUUCCUAAAUGCAAUAGUCCAGUGUUUGUCUCACACGUGUGGCCUACGGGACUACUGCCUCCUCAAGUCCUACAAGCAGGAGAAGUUCUCCAAAGAGGACGCCAAGCUCAUGGAAGCUUUCUCUCAGGUGCUGUCGGGCCUGUGGGACGUGAAUGAAGGGGACGCCGCUGUGAAUCCUCGACAGUUUUACAAUAUUUUCAAAGAAGCUGUGCCUUACUUCAGCGGUUACAGUCAACAGGACGCUCAGGAGUUCCUCAGGUUUCUACUGGACAAGCUGCACACCGAAAUAAAUCGCAGACCCUACGUAAGACGAACAGGGAAGGAGCCCGAACAAAAAUACACCAGAUUUAGAAUUUCAGAAGAGGCAGCUGUCAUGUGGAAGAAGCACCUGGAGAGAGACGACAGCCUAAUAGUUGACUUAUUUUCAGGUCAGCUGAGGAGCUCGCUGCAUUGCUCGGUCUGCUCCCACUACUCCAACACGUUCGACGUGUUCUGCGACCUGUCCCUGCCCAUACCAAAGAGGAGCUCUGGAGGGGAGGUGACGCUGAGGGAGUGCCUGGACCUCUUCUCUCAGGAGGAGAAACUGGACAAGGAGAAUUCGCCGAUGUGCGAGAGGUGUAACCGGCGCACGGAGAGCACCAAGCGUCUGUCCAUCCAGAGGUUUCCACGGGUCAUAGUAAUCCAUCUGAAUCGUUUCACAAUGUCGCGGUGGUCCAUCAGUAAAAGCACCGUGUACGUAUCCUUCCCGCUCACUAACCUGGACCUCGGACCCUACGGACCAGUUGACUGUGGCUCAGUACUGUAUGAUUUGUAUGCAAUAUGUAACCAUGCCGGGACGGUGAACAUGGGCCAUUACACAGCCUGCUGUCUAGAUGAAAACGGAUGGUGCUUCUACAAUGAUUCCAGCGUGACUCCAAUCACAGAGAACCAGCUUCAGACCAAUCAAGCCUACGUGCUGUUCUACCAGCGCAGCAACAGCACCACCGCCGUCAGGAAAUAGGCCCGAGCUACUGGCUCGGCGAGGCAGCCAAUCAGAGCAACUUCACCUCCAGUGUCCAUAGAAACGAAUAGAAGAAGCAGCCGCGGUGUUGCAACUCGAACUGACAUCUACAAACUUCUCAAUCUGAACGAACUGCGUCUGCAAAUAAACUCUGAGGGCGAAAGAGAAGUCGCCCUCUUGUCAAGGGGCUUGAAGAGAUGAGCUCCCCUCCUGAAUCAUGGAAAUGCUUUUGAAGUCAGAGAACUGAGACAGCUCAGACAGACUAUAGCCUUAAGAGGCUCUGUGUCCCAGUUCUCAGGCAUGAGUAAGUGGUGUGCUUGAGCUAAUAUAAUUAGAAUUCAUGCUUGAUCAAAUGAACCCAAAUAAACAAAAUGAUUCUUGAAAGGAAUUGAAAUAA